UGAAGGAGGAGUCGGGGCUUGAAUGUUCCACCGCAACAGCAGCAGAACCACCGCGCAAAGCAAAGACAAGCAUCCAUCCCGUUCCUAAUCUACUUUCUUCCUCUUCCUCCUCCUCCCGAAGCUCCCACACCAACCCGACCUCCCCCCGCGCGGAGCAACAGCUGUCCAAGAAUCCGCUCCACCCACUGCAGAGAGAGAGAGAGAGAGAGAGAGAGAGAGAGAGAGAACCAGGAAGCGGAAGCAAGAAGAUGGGGCAGGCGCUGCGCAGGCUCUUCGACUCCUUCUUCUCCACCAAGGAGAUGAGGGUUGUGAUGCUUGGUUUGGAUUCAGCUGGCAAAACAACAAUCUUGUAUAGGCUGCACCUGGGGGAGGUUCUUCAGACUGUGCCUACAGUAGGUUUUAAUGUCGAGAAGGUUCAGUACAAGAAUGUGGCAUUUACCGUGUGGGAUGUUGGUGGACAAGAAAAACUCAGACAAUUAUGGAGGAUGUACCUCAGCAAUUCUGAUGCACUGAUCUAUGUUGUGGACUCUUUGGACAGAGAAAGGAUUGAAGAUGCCAGACAAGAAUUCCAGACCAUUAUCAAGGACCCUUUGAUGGCAAACAGCAUAAUCUUGGUACUAGCAAACAAACAGGACUUGAAAGGUUCAAUGAGCCCGGAGGAGGUCAUUGAAGGGCUGGGCCUGCAUGAUCUCAAGAACAGGAUAUGGCACAUACAGGGGACGUGUGCGCUCCGCGGAGAGGGCCUCUACGACGGGCUCGAUUGGCUCGCGUCCACCCUGAAGCAGCUGCAGGAGACCGGCCAUGCUACUUCAAUUGCUGGACCUUCUAUCUAGCUUCACAGACAGGGAAAAGUGACCUUGCCUCGACCGCCCGACGAUCCUCACCUGACGCAGCGGCCAUCCAUCCAUCUAUCCGUUGAUCUGUUCAUCUCGCAAGAACACGCCCCACGGUGUGCCUGUUCUACCUGUGUGUGGCGGCCGUUCAUAUGGCGCUCGUCUGGCAGGAACUUGCGGUGUAUAACGGAUGGGUGAACGAUAAAUAGCACCUGGCAUGGGAUUGUUGUAAUCUUGUAUUUGUGUAUACCUGAGAAGGGGGCCGGUUGGGGGCACACGAGUGCUUUUCUGGAUUGCAUACUGAUGAUGAAAGAAAGAGGAAACAGUUUGGUUAUGAGUUA